GCAUGCAUGUUGUGUACACCAGGAAAAAAAAACCCACGCUGAGAGAAGUUAGCGGCUUUUAGAAACGACAUCAUGAAGAUCAAGAGACAGAAAGCAGCCAAGAAAACCAUCAGCUUCUACAAGUACAACUUCAGCUUCCGGGAACCGUUCCAGAUCCUCCUGGACGGGACCUUCUGCCAGGCGGCCCUGAAGAACAAGAUCCAGAUCAAGGAGCAGAUGCCCAAGUACCUGAUGGGGGAAGUUCAGCUGUGCACCACCAACUGUGCACUGAAAGAGCUGGAGACUCUGGGGAAGGAGCUGUACGGAGCCAAACUCAUCCUGCAGAGGUAUCAGGUCAGGAACUGUGCACACUUCAAGGACCCAGUUCCUGCAUCCGAGUGUCUGCUGUCCAUGCUGGGGGAGACCAACCAACACCACUACUUUGUAGCCACACAGGACCACACUCUGACCGCAGGCCUGAAGAAGAUCUCGGGCUGUCCUCUGUUCUACAUCAUCUCCAACACCAUCGUCCUGGACAAGCCCAGCCAGGUGUCUCUCGAUCAGGUCCAGGCCGUCUCGCUGGGGGAGCUGGUGAGCCCGGCCCAGCAGCAGAGCAUCCGCAGCCUGAAGGAGGAGCAGGGCAUCGGCCAGGUGGAAGGAGAGAGACGAGGGAAGAAGAGGAGGAGGAAACAAAGCCAUCCUAACCCUCUGAGCUGCCUGAAGAAAAAGAAGAAAGGACCGACACCGCCCCUGAAGAAGAAGACGGAGGAGGGGGAGAAGAAGAGAAAUCGACAGAAGAAGCAGAAGACGGAGGAAGUGCCUGCUCCUGCAAUAACAAAUACAUAAUGUGGCAGGAAGACAGACACUCGAGCCAUUUUGUUGCUUACAAAAAUAACAUUUGAAGAUGGCAAAUAAUUUCAUGUUUAAUAUAAAACCAGAACUUCUGCUCUGUUCAUCUGAUGUCACCACAUUGAACAUGUUCAUGUUUAUUACACACGAUGCAAUUUUAAAAUCUCCAGUAUUUAUUUUAAUUUGAAAGGUUCUGCAACAGUUUCCAGGACUCAGACAGAAACAUAACAAUAUUUUCAAGAUUCAGAGGAUUUGUCUCUGGCUUUUAUACAAAAUAUAAAAGCAGGUUUACAGGCACAUAGUUCAAGAUAGAAGCUGCAUUGGACAUUACAUGACGUACAGUUCACAUGAGAGUGGAUUUUAAAAACCAUGCAUUCAGCCGUCGUUUGCAGAAGCAUGAGGAAGAAGUGUGACCACAAUGAGUUGUUGGUCUGCUUGCUUUUACACUGUGUGAUUUGUUAUCUCUGCUGGAUUCAGUCUGUAGUAAGAGUCCAAACAGUGACACACAUUCUCAGUAUGUCCAUUCAGACCUCACUUGGUCAUGUUCAUUGUUUCCAAGUUGAUUACUUAUUAGUUUAACUUAUAGAUUAAAAAACAAACUAUUCAUUCUCUAUUACUCUUGUAUAUUACAACAUUGAUUAUUGAGUAUGAGCAUCAAAUAGAUUAUCUACUUCAUGUCAAAGGUAACAGCUGAAUUGUUUUCUUUAUCAGAAUACUACAACAUUACUGUAGAACUGCUUUCAGACAGGCACUGACCUCCAAAUGUUUUCCUGACAUUUUCCAGAUAUGGAAACACAAGUCAGUUCCUGCCAGUCAGGAAAAUAUCUGCAAGCGUGUGGGCGCGUUGUGACG